CAGCGACAAGGGGCAGUAGUUACUUCCAUGAGAACUGACUUCAAAGGUGUUCAUCGAGGAAAACACAGUGUCCCCACGCUGGGAAUGCGAAAAGAUGACAGUUGCUGAGAGGGAUGGUUAACAGCUUGGAGGUGCUCCCCAUUCAAAAUGCCUUUUAAAGCAUUUGAUACCUUCAAAGAAAAAAUCCUGAAACCUGGAAAGGAAGGACUGAAGAAUGUCGUGGGAGAUUCACUGGGGAUUUUACAAAGAAAAAUUGAUGGAACCAAUGAGGAAGAAGAUAACAUUGAGCUGAGUGAAGAAGGCAGGCCAGUGCAGAGGUCGGGGCAGAAAGCCCCGCUCUGUGACUGCCCCUGCUGUGGGGUCCCCAAGCGCUACAUCAUCGCCAUCAUGAGCGGACUGGGGUUCUGCAUUUCCUUUGGGAUUCGGUGCAACCUUGGAGUCGCCAUUGUGGAAAUGGUCAACAACAGCACUGUAUAUGUUGACGGGAAACCGGAAAUUCAGGCAGCACAGUUUAACUGGGAUCCAGAGACCGUGGGCCUUAUUCAUGGAUCUUUUUUCUGGGGCUAUAUUGUGACGCAAAUUCCAGGGGGUUUCAUUUCAAACAAGUUUGCUGCUAACAGGGUCUUUGGAGCUGCCAUCUUCUUGACGUCCACCUUGAACAUGUUCAUCCCCUCGGCGGCCAGAGUGCAUUAUGGCUGCGUCAUGUGCGUCAGGAUCUUGCAGGGGCUUGUGGAGGGUGUGACCUACCCAGCCUGCCAUGGCAUGUGGAGCAAGUGGGCACCACCUUUGGAGAGAAGUCGUCUGGCCACAACCUCUUUUUGUGGUUCCUACGCAGGGGCGGUGAUUGCCAUGCCCCUGGCUGGGGUGUUGGUUCAGUACAUUGGUUGGGCCUCUGUCUUUUAUAUUUAUGGUAUGUUUGGAAUUAUUUGGUACAUGUUUUGGCUGUUGCAGGCCUAUGAGUGCCCAGCAGCUCAUCCAACAAUAUCUAAUGAGGAGAGAACCUACAUAGAGACAAGUAUAGGAGAAGGGACUAACUUGGUCAGUCUAAGCAAAUUUAACACACCAUGGAAAAGAUUUUUCACAUCAUUGCCGGUUUAUGCAAUCAUUGUGGCAAAUUUUUGCAGAAGCUGGACGUUUUAUUUGCUGUUAAUAAGUCAGCCUGCUUAUUUCGAAGAGGUCUUUGGAUUUGCAAUAAGUAAGGUGGGCCUCUUAUCUGCAGUCCCGCACAUGGUGAUGACCAUCAUAGUGCCUAUUGGAGGACAAUUGGCUGAUUAUUUAAGAAGCAGAAAAAUUUUGACUACAACUGCUGUCAGGAAAAUCAUGAACUGCGGAGGAUUUGGCAUGGAGGCAACCUUACUACUAGUGGUUGGCUUUUCCCAUACCAAGGGGGUGGCUAUCUCCUUCCUAGUGCUUGCUGUAGGAUUCAGUGGCUUUGCUAUUUCAGGUUUUAAUGUCAAUCACCUGGACAUUGCUCCCCGCUAUGCCAGCAUUCUCAUGGGGAUCUCCAACGGAGUGGGAACCCUUUCUGGAAUGGUCUGCCCCCUCAUUGUUGGUGCAAUGACCAAGCACAAGACCCGAGAGGAAUGGCAGAAUGUGUUCCUGAUAGCUGCCCUGGUGCACUACAGUGGUGUGAUCUUCUAUGGGGUCUUUGCUUCUGGGGAGAAACAGGACUGGGCUGACCCUGAGAAUCUCUCUGAGGAGAAGUGUGGAAUCAUUGACCAAGAUGAACUGGCUGAGGAAACAGAACUCAACCAUGAGAAUGACAAUAUUGCAAGCCCCAAGAAGAAGAUGUCCUAUGGAGCCACCACCCAGAAUUGUGAAGUCCAGAAGGAAUGGAGAGGGCAGAAAGCAGCAACCCUGGAUGAGGAAGAGCUGACCUCCUACCAGAAUGAAGUGGGAAAUUUCUCAGAUGCAUUCUAAGGCGUGUUCACGGCCUCCUCACCUUAGAGCUAGAAAGUAUCCAUACCCAUUGCCUUCCCCAUAGCCUGGCUCACCAGUGGGUUAAAUAUGGGGGCACCAGAAGUAAGGGAGAGAUUUACUUAGCAUUAGGGAAAAGAGAACUAUCUUGUAACGAUGCCUGCCUGUGCAUAUGGAACUUGCUGUAAGUUGACAAAAUGGGUGUAAAUGUUAUUUUUUUAUUGGUAGUUGACUCUUCUCUCAAAGGACUGAACUUCUUCAGAAAUGAAUGACUAGAAAGAUAAGAAAAGGUGUAUCAUGUUUUUCAAAGAAAAAUGGAAGGAAAUGGGUAUAUUUAGCCUGGAGAAGAGAAAACAAUAGGCGACACUACCUUUUGGAGGGAGCGGUGUUGAAGAGGGCCACUCCCGGAGGUUAUCUUGCCAGGGCUGAGAUUAGUGGGGUCCAAAAUAGGUUUUGGGGAAGAAGUUUCCUCUCAAGGCAAGGAAGAUAUUUUAAUUUAAAAAAAAAAAAAGCGUUGAAAAUGGAGUGUGGUUUGGUUAAUUCCUUAUUUUGGCAGACAUGGGGGAUGGGAAGCAAAUUGGUUGAUGUGGCCGAAAUAUUCAAACACUCAGUGAGGGGCUGCAUUCAAAGUCCCUUCAGGCGCUAUAUGAGCAGAAAGUCAAUGAUUCUGUGAAUUCAUCAUUUGGAGAAGAUCAUAGAUCCAAAGGGGAGAGUCAAAUAGGUUUAUAAAAAGAAAAUGUGAAAGCUAAGAAGAUAGUCAAAUGUCCAGGAAUCUGAUUGUCCGAAUGGCUGAGAAGUAAACAGGGGUGUGGCUAUUAAAUUGCAACCCUCAUCAUGUCAAGAAUGUGGUUAAAUAAUGUCUCAAAUUUACUUAUAUUAUCAUUAACACAUUUAGUAGUUGAAGAAGUAAAUUCAUGCAUUUUAUUUCGCAAAAAAUUUUGAGAGUCUU